AUGGCCACAGUCUGCCUUAAAGGGCCUGGAGCUCAUGAGGUGUUGUGUAGAAGUGGCUGUUCACAAUAUAGGCAGGAUACCAGCAAUGAACACCUUCCUGUUCCAAUUGAAAAUCCUUAUAAGGAGCCUCUUAAGAAAUGUAUCUUGUGUGAGAAACUUAUAGGUUAUAAGAAUGAACAGCUUUUGUCUCAGUUUAUUUCUCCAUUUACUGAAUGCAUUUAUGGAAGGCUCAUAACAGGUCUUUGUGAGAAGAAACAGAAAGAAAUUGCAAAAGUGAUUAACAGAGAAGCUCAAAUAAUGGGGUUUAUGCCAGUUACAUACAAGGACCCUGUGUAUCUCAGACUCUAA